ACUAUGAAGACAUAAAUAUUGCGUUUUGGUGGAGUGAAGAUUUGCAAUUGGAUGCCAGCAGGCCGGAAACAGCGUUGUUUUCCGCUCACAGUGCGGACUACGUAACAUGGCGGAUCGACAUCGAGGGCGCUCUUCGCGUUUUCCUUUUUGAGAAAGUGCUCUCAGAGUUUUGGUAAUAGAGGAGGAGGGUGAACCAAACCGAGCCGGGUUGAAGGGUCUUGGGGGUAGCAUCACUUUCGAAAGUUUGUCACGGUUAUUUCCUGGAGUCUCCAAAUCUCCAAACGGGUCUGGUUUGUUUACGUUUUGUGGCCCAGGCGUGUAGCCGAUGCGUUUAAUCAGCCAUUUACGAGACAACGCGCUCCAGCUCUUUUAGCUGGCGUUUAGAGACUCUGUUCAGUAGCCGAAAUAUAAUGUUACCGAGCCGGCUUGGAUCGGCACCAUCUGGAAACGGGUCAGCUUCAGGCAGAGGUAACACGGGACACGGUUCGGGGAUUGUCGGCAGCGGGAUCCGUCCCGUUUUAGUCAGAGCAGGGCAAGCUUUACCAGGGGUCGGCGAGAGUGACGGGCGACAGGGGGAAAGAGACGCCGUCGGGAUGCUGGGGGCUAACGGUCCAGGGGGCUCGAGAGGCGUGAGACCGGGGAACGGGACUGGGGUGACCUCUCUACAGAGCGCCGUCCAGGGCAACAUGGUGGGCUUGAACUCGGGAGUCGUGUUAGCUCACGGAGCCAGGUUCGACCCGGACAGAGAAAGCGCUCCGAUGUGCAGCGGCUCGGAUAAUGACUCGGACUCCGGAGACGAGGAUGACCCAGUGGGUUCACUCGGGGACAGCAGGAGAGGGGUGAAACGAGAGAGAGGGGAGAUGGAAGCUGCGGUGACGGGGCAGGAGGUGGGAAUGCCUCCCGGAGGUUACGGCAUGGUGCCCGGGGGGGUCGCGGGGGCAAAGCCGGGGAAGAAGACACGUGGGCGCGUAAAGAUAAAGAUGGAAUUUAUUGACAACAAGUUGAGACGGUACACAACUUUCAGCAAGAGGAAGACUGGUAUUAUGAAGAAGGCCUAUGAACUCUCCACCCUGACGGGAACCCAGGUUCUUCUGCUUGUGGCCAGCGAAACGGGUCACGUCUACACUUUUGCCACCCGCAAACUCCAACCCAUGAUCACGAGUGAAACGGGGAAAGCUCUGAUCCAAACAUGCCUCAACUCGCCGGACUCGCCGCCGCGCAACGACCCCUCCACGGACCAGCGCAUGAGCGCCACGGGCUUCGAGGAGACGGACCUCACCUAUCAGGUGUCUGAGUCGGAGAGCAUGGGCGACACAAAGGACACACUGAAGCCGACGUUCACGAUAGCCAGCCUACCGGGCAGUACCAGCAGCGCCCAGUGCACGGUACCCACCACCUCCACCACCAUGCAGGUGAGCAGCGGCGCUUCGUUUCCCAUCACCAAUUACCUGGCACCCGUCUCGGCCAGCGGCAACAUCAGCGCCAACGGUACCGUCCUCAAGACCGCCUGCGGCUCCGCGGGGGUCAUGCAGCUGCCCAGUGGCUUCACUUUCAUGUCCGCAGGCACUACUCUCCCCCCUGGCACCCCCACCAUUCCUCUGAGCCAGCUGCAGCAGCACUCCCUGGCCCUCCAGGGGCAGCAUGGUCAGGCCCUGGCUGCCGCCCCGCAGUCACAGCAGGGACAGCAGGCUGUCUUCCGCUUCCCUGCUGCUGUCUCCCUCACAGGAGCAGGUGUUCCCCAGCAGCUCCAGGCUAUCCAGGUACACCACAACUCCCAGUCCGGCGACGGCAGCCUCGACAUAUGCCACACCUCCACAAACUCCACCGCGACGGUGAGUCUCCCAGCGACCAUCGUCACCUCGUCGAUGCCGACGUCUGUUGCGGGUCACAUGAUGUACGGCAGCCCGCACACAGUGAUGUACGCCUCCGCGCCGACGCUGACCGACGGGGGGCUGGCUGUGCUCAACGCCUUCUCCCAGGGCACCUCGACCAUGCAGGUGUCCCACGCACAGGGCCAAGACUCGGGUGCUGUCCCUCAGGUGUUCCUCACAGCACCUCCAGGCACGGUGCAGAUCCCCGUCUCAGCGGUGCAGCUACACCCAGUACGGCAAGAUCUGCAUUUUACAAAUGGUGAUUGGUCCGCAGUCGAGCGGCAGUAACCUGACGGAGCUCCAGGUGGUCAAUUUGGACGCAGCACAGAACUCAAAGAGUGACGGAGCUGUUUAACACAGCAGACCCAGGGACACGGACGGACAGACUUGCAUACAUCUCUAUUUAUUGAUGCCUUCCUACAGAGUUUCACAUUACACUUUGGAAUGUGACUUUAAAGUACACACACACAAUCAAGGGCAUAUGUGUGGCUGACCCUUAUACAGUAUGUUUUGGUAUAUAAAUAUAUAUAUAUUCGCAAAUGCAUAGGAAAUAUAUCACGACAUCUAUCAUAAGAACCUAUUUUCUAUGCCGUUGUUUUUUUUGUGUGCGUGUUUUUUUUUUUUUUUUUUUUUGUUGAAAAUGUGUAAUUACAUGUAGACACACACACUGCGAGGUGCCACAGCUUCACACCAGCCAAAGAGACAUUUGUUUGUCUGAAUGUUCCAGUGUGAGCAACUUGUGCACAAGCGUGUGUCGGUGUGUGCGCACAUAUCUGGGGUUUGUAAAUGGGUGGAGAGACUCUUAUUGACUUUUGGAAAUGUACAUAGUUUUUUUUUGUUUCGUUUUUUACUUGUAUUUUUAGCCUGGUUUAGUUUGUGCGGCGGCAUGUAGUUGUUUUUUGUACGUAGUGAUUUUGUAUGUACAUGAAAAUGAUUUGCCUGAAGAAAAGUGAUUUACAUGUAUAUGUAAAUUAAUUUAGUAUACCAUCAUAUGUUGAUAAACGGUCCUGCUGUUGAGAGUUUUCACUACAAGAUGGAGAAGGAACGCUGGAUUUCUUUCUACAUGUGUCGCUUGUGACAUUUGUAGUACUGUCCUUCAAACAGGGUCAAGUAGCUGGGUCACAACAUAUAAAGCAUAACAUAUUUAUCAUUUACUGUUUUGCUGCGAAGGUUUCAGGGCUGAUGGCAUGGUCGUUUAAUAUGACAUCAGUUUUGCAUGUGAAGUUUCCUAAUGAAGCCCUGAUCUGGCACUUUUAGCGUGAAAACUGUUAAAACUAUGACAAUCAGAUGGAAAUUUCACUUCUCACCUUUUGACCUACUGCUAUCUGUUUUCAUCUGUGUACACACAGAAAUGCAGCACAAUUCUGACAUUUUAAAAACACUUAACAUUCUUGAACUGAUUAGUUUGUUCACUUCUUUUUAAAUGCCACAACUGUUGACUUAGUCCUUCUGUGGGUAACAAACCAGUUUUCAUGACAUCGGAUAUAUAUAUAUAAAUAUAUAUAUAUAUAUAUAUGAACUUUGUUGUUUAAAAAGCAAUCCAUUGCCUCCAGAACUUUAAUGUUAUGCUAUAACUGACUUGAGUCAGGGCAUUGGACACAAAUCUCUUGUUUAACAAGACACUGUAUAGACUUGGCAAUUCCACUUCAAUACUGCGAUUAAAGCAUCGUUUCCUAGUAUGGAAGCACUCUUGUUCAGUGUCAACGCUGCAGUAUUACAACAGUGAGUAUGAAUAUUUUUGUACAAACAAGGAUCUCUUAUUUAGGAAAAGUGACUUCAGGUGCUUUAAAAUGUUGAUCUACUCCUUUUAACGACAACUGUUAAGACCCUGGCUGACUGCAAUCUCAGUGUGUACCUCAGCAAUCAUUCAGAAUGAGUUAUUAGACAGCCUUCUUUCUGCGCCGUUGUGCCUCUUUUCCAUGGCUGAUUUCUAAAUCACUGCUGGGCAUGGGAAAUGUAGGGUUUACUUAUUUCAAGACCGCCAUACAUGACUUUACAUACAAUCCUCUGCUGUGAGAUCUCGUGACUCAUUUCUACAGAACUAGCUGGAUGACUCAGCAUGCUGGCUUGAAGCCAAAGAGAAUUUGACGGAGGGUAACGUACCCAUGCCGACUGCUGUUCGGUUAUUCACUGGCAGGUCAUGUUCACGCUCGCUCGAUGUUUGUGUAGGAAAUGUACAGAUUAAAGACAUUCAAUUCCCCCUCAUCUGGUGAUUUAAAAAUACUAUUUUAAAAAGGGGAAUUAUUGAACCGAAUUUGUGGUUUUCACCUCGUCAUUGAGAGAAAUGCUUAUGUAUUUUAGUUUUGUUGUACAGACAUUUUGUAAUAAAAACAUGAAACACAAUGACCACA